UUUAACGGAACCGACCGACACGCAGUCUUGUUUCUGGGGAUGUAUUUCGAAGCCGUACAUUAUGAAGGCAUGACAUUUAGCGUCAAUCAUUAAAUAGCGUUGUUUGUUAUUUUGUUAUAGAACACUUUAAAGCUUUAGUGUGUUACAUUUUAAAUUAAUCUGCUCGUUAUAGCCAAAGUAUGCCUUCCUUCUCUUGUUAUUGUGUGACGUUGUCCUCUUUUACUGCUAACGUUAAUUAUGUUGCUCCACGACGACUCGUCCGAAGCUCAGACUAAUUCCGGAGAAAAGAAAGAUGGGUGUCAGAGGCUGUCGGGCAUUCAGCGGGAUGGUUUGGGGAAGGUAUUUAUUAACAGCCGGGCUCCGGUGCUGCAGAAGUCCGGUGAGCUGUCACGUGAAUCGGCGCUACAGCUUUCUGCCAGAUGAUGUCAAAUCACUGAAGGCUGUGGUCAGUCGUGAUAUAUCUAAAAUCCGAAACAUUGGUAUCAUGGCCCACAUUGAUGCAGGAAAGACAACAACCACAGAGAGGAUGCUUUAUUACUCUGGCUACACGCGAGCACUAGGAGAUGUGGACGAUGGGGAUACGGUCACAGAUUUUAUGGCUCAAGAGAGGGAGCGCGGCAUCACCAUUCAGUCGGCGGCCGUCACCUUUGAUUGGAAAACUCAUAGAAUAAAUCUCAUAGACACCCCAGGACAUGUUGACUUCACUCUGGAGGUGGAGCGAGCGCUUCGUGUUCUCGACGGGGCUGUCGCAGUGUUUGACGCUUCCGCUGGUGUUGAGGCUCAGACUCUGACUGUGUGGAGACAAGCAGAGAAGCACCAUGUUCCCUGUGUUUGCUUUCUGAAUAAAAUGGAUAAGCCUGCAGCAAACCUUAGUUUUUCCAUUGAGAGCAUAAAACACAAAUUAAAAGCCAACCCAGUCCUCCUCCAGGUUCCGGUCGGCAGUGGCAGAAACUUCUCCGGUGUGGUCGACCUGUUAACCAACCAGAAGCUGACGUGGAAGCAAACAUCUACGAGAGAUGACGGACAAGUCUUUGAAAGCAAACCGCUCGAUCGGUCGGAUGACCCAGAACUCCUGCACGAGGUCAAUGAGGCCCGGACAGCUUUAAUUGAGCAGGUUGCUGAUCUUGACGAUGAAUUUGCCGACCUGUUGCUGACAGAUUUUAGCGACAAUUUCGAUGCCGUUUCCUCAUCCAAACUACAGGAAGCCGUACGGCGGGUGACUCUGGCCCGCAAAGGCGUCCCGGUGCUCUGCGGAAGCUCUUUGAGGAACAAAGGCGUUCAGCCCCUUUUAGACGCCAUCACCGCCUACCUGCCCGCCCCCGAUGAGCGGCACCACGACCUGGUGCGGUGGUACAAGGACGACUUAUGUGCUCUGGCCUUCAAGGUUCUCCACGACAAGCAGCGAGGCCCUCUGGUGUUCCUCAGGAUUUACUCCGGGACUCUGAAGCCCCAAAGCGCGGUCCACAACAUCAACAGGAACAGCACUGAGAGGAUGAGCAGGCUGCUGGUGCCGUUUGCUGAUCAGCAUGUGGAAAUCCCUUCCCUGACAGCAGGAAACAUCGCCCUGACCGUGGGACUGAAGCAGACCGUCACGGGGGACACUAUCGUCGCCUCCAAGGCCUCGGCAGCAGCCGCAGCCCGACGAGCCCACAACGCCGGCGGGGCCGGGAAGAGGCCAGGGGAGCAUGCCAGCGUGGUGCUGUCAGGGGUGGAGGUCCCCGAUCCCGUCUUCUUCUGCACCAUCGAGCCGCCCACCAUGGCCAAACAGGCGGACCUUGAGAAUGCGCUGGGUUGCCUCCAGAGAGAAGACCCCAGUCUCAAAGUCAGGGUGGACCCCGACUCGGGCCAGACCAUCCUGUGCGGGAUGGGAGAGCUGCACAUCGAGAUCGUGCACGAUCGAAUCAGGAGAGAGUACGGCAUUGAGACGCAACUCGGGCCCCUCCAGGUGGCCUACAGGGAGUCCGUCCUCCACGGGGCCUCGGCUGCAGACACGCUGGACCGCACCGUCGGCGAGAGGCGGCAUGUGGUGAGCGUGGAGCUGGCCGUCGCACCUCGCGACCUCGCCGCCCCGGGUGGCUCGUGUGAAGUGGCUUUCACAGAGGAGUUGGGGGGGCAGCUAUCGACGGAAAUUAAGGCAGCGGUGGAGAACGGAGUGAACGGCGCAUAUCUUCAAGGUCCAUUGCUGGGUUAUCCUUUACAGGGUGUAGCUACGUUGAUCCAACGGGUCACCAUGGAACCAGGAACAUCUCCUGCCAUGGUCUCGGCUUGCGUGUCCCGCUGCAUGCUGAAGGCCCUGAGGCUGGCGGGAGGUCGGGUCCUGGAGCCCGUCAUGUCCCUAGAGGUGACUGUCGGGGAGGAACGCCUCGGCACGGUGUUGGGGGACUUGGCCCAAAGACGAGGGACCGUCCGAGACAUCCAGAGUCGCCACGACGACAAGGUGCUGCUGGCUACUGUGCCCCUGGCUGAGAUGAUGGGAUAUUCCACCAUCCUGCGAACAAUCACAUCAGGCAAUGCCGCCUUCUCCCUGGAACUCGACACCUAUGAGGCCAUGAACCAGCAGGACCAGAGCAACCUCCUUAAAAGAGUUGCUGGUCUGCUGUGAUCCCGGAUUCUCAGUCACGUGACCAAUAGCCUGGAUAGCACCAGAACUUCAUCAGGACUUGCUGUUAAUACCAGACAAAAUAAAAUGCUGUUCAGAGAGCAAAUAUCCACCAGUGUACAAUGUUUGUAGCUUAAUUAACCAGUGUAUACAAACAAGCCUUUAAGACUACUAUGGAGCGGAUUCUGAAAUGAUGUGUCCAAUCGCAUCCGUACAGGGUCAUUUCUGAUGAGGCAUGUGAGGUCUUAUUAAAUGUUCUUUUUUCUGAUAA